GCACGGACGGUUUUGGAGGUAGAACCGGAAAAAGAGGCGAGCGAGCGAAUCAUAACUUCCACGCAUGUGAGAGGGAGACGAUCGACUAAACUUUUACUCAAAAUUUACAUUAAAAACCUUUAAUAUCAGCGGGUAGAGGACGCCGGCAUGGCUGAGGUUGUUCAGAGGAGGACUGAGGAGAGAAUUCCGGAGCUGGAGCAGCUGGAGAGGAUUGGACUGUUCACCAAGAAAGAAGUCAAAUCCAUAAUCAAAAGAGUCACAACGCUGGAAUACAGGUUGCAGAGGUUGAUGAUCAAAAAAGAGGAUUUCAUCACAUACAUUCAGUAUGAAAUCAACGUGUUAGAGCUGAUCAAGAAAAGACGAGCACACAUACGCUAUCACUUCAAAAGAGAGGAGAUCGAGUUCCCCAUCAUCCACAGAGUAAACAGUAUCUUCAAACGGGCAACCAAUAAGUGGAAGGAUGACGUGCAGCUUUGGCUCUCACAUGUUGCUUUCUGCAAGAAAUGGGCCACCAAACAUGACAUCAGUAAAGUGUUCUCAGCCAUGCUUGCAGUCCACCCCGACAAACCAGCUCUGUGGAUCAUGGCUGCAAAGAGUGAGCUGGAGGACAGAAAUUCAUCUGAGAGUGCCAGACAUCUGUUUCUGAGGGCCCUACGCUUCCACCCAAACAGCAAGAAGGUCUACCAGGAGUACUUUCGUAUGGAGCUGCUGCACUGUGAGAAGCUGAUGAAAGAGAAGGAGCAGCUGGAGAAGGCAGAGAUGGAUCUGGGUGAAUAUGAGUUUUCUGCAGAGAUUUUGAACGGUAAACUGGCCGAGGUCGUGUACAGAGAGGCUACAGGGAAAAUCAAAGAGGCAGAGUUUGUCAUCUCGCUCUUGAAAAUUGCAGCCGUCUUUGACUUCGCUAAAGAACUCCAGGACUCCAUCUUGCAGCACUUGCAGACGGACCACACAGAGGACAGUGUGACGUGGGACUUCAUGGCCAGGAGGGAGCUGGAUGCUCCCACAGCAGGGGAGGAGCUGCGGACAGCUCAAGGCCGGGCAUCAGACAUCAACCGCAGGGAAGAGCGCUGCUGUCAGGUCUACGAGGAGGGCGUCAGGAGCCUCAGCACGGAGAAAAUGUGGACGUGUUAUGUGGUCUUCUGUUUGGAAAGGCUGAAAAGGAAGACAAACAUCCAGGAGCUGAAGGAAAAGAGGCAGGAGAGGCUGCUGGGAGUGCUGCAGUGCGCUCACAACUGCUCACUGUUAACAGAGGAGUUUUACAACAACUGGCUGCAAGUCUUACUUUCAGUAGAGGAUGCUGAGGGAGCGGCUGUGGUUGCCAUAGCAGCCGUGCAGCGCUACAGCCAAUCAGUGUCAGCGUGGUGUCUGAGUCUGAAAACGCUAAUGCAGCUGGGGAGUGGAGACAUGGGAAGGUUAUUCCAGGAUGCUCUCACACAUGUUGAUCCAAAGGAGAGCCUACCUCUGUGGAAGCUGCAGGUCAAGUGGAGCGAAGCCAGCCGGAGUCCGGAGGAGACCGAAGCCAUCUUCCAGAAAGGUGUGCUAUCCGCAGUCGCGACUGUUGCCAUGGAAAUGAAAGAAAGCUACCUUGAUUGGUCGUACUCCAGAGGAGGCUACAAGAAAGCGAGGAACACCUUUACCAGCUUAAGGGAAAGCCGCCCUUUCUCAAAGGCAUUUUUUACGAAAAUGAUUCAGCUAGAGAAGGAAGAGGACACGGUGAAGAUGAACCGUGUGAGAGAUUGCUACGAGAGGGCCCUGCAGGAGUUUGGCUCCACAGAUGACGAUCUUUGGCUGCAGUACAUCCUGGAGGAGCUGGGACCUCACGGUCAGCCAGAGAACUGUGGCAAGAUCCACUGGAGAGCAAUGAAGUUUCUGGAGGGGGAGAGUGCGGAACGAUUCACUACUAAAUACACGCUACAUCAGACCGGACACAUCUAAGCAGAUCUAUGGAC